AAUCUGAAGGUUUCAUCAUUGCCAUACCAGCGUGACGUCAUCGUUUGUGCUGCUGGCAGAACGAACGUCUCUGAAACUACCAGAUCCAACAUGGAGAGAAAAGUUCUAGCACUUCAAGCACGGAAGAAGAGGGCGAAAGCAAAGAAGUCGAGCAAGAAACAGACAGCCCACCCCAGGGGUGCAGCACCCCAGCAGCAGCCCCAGCCAGAGGCCUCUCCCCAGGAACCAGAUGAGCCUGAGGAGAUCUUAGGCUCUGAUGAUGAGGAGCAGGAGGAUCCCAAUGACUACUGCAAGGGUGGCUACCACCAUGUAAAGAUAGGAGACCUGUUCAAUGGGAGGUACCAUGUGAUCAGGAAGCUGGGCUGGGGACACUUCUCCACUGUGUGGCUGGCUUGGGACAUUCAGGUGAAGAGGUUUGUGGCUAUGAAAGUGGUGAAGAGUGCAGAGCAUUACACAGAGACGGCUGUAGAUGAGAUCAAACUGCUCAGAUCUGUGAGAAACACAGACCCUGACGAUCCCAAGAGGGAGAUGGUGGUUCAGCUACUGGAUGACUUCAAGAUCUCCGGUGUCAACGGGACUCAUGUGUGCAUGGUGUUUGAGGUGCUGGGGCACCACCUACUGAAGUGGAUCAUCAAGUCCAACUACCAGGGCCUUCCUCUGCCCUGCGUCAAGACCAUCAUACGACAGGUUCUCCAGGGGUUGGACUACCUUCACACCAAGUGUGAGAUCAUCCACACUGACAUCAAGCCAGAGAACAUCCUGUUGACGGUGAAUGAGCCUUACGUGAGGAGGCUGGCAGCAGAGGCUACAGAGUGGCAGAAAGCAGGGGCUCCCCCUCCCUCAGGGUCCGCAGUCAGCACAGCUCCAGCUCCAAAAGUAACGACCAAAAUGUCCAAGAACAAGAAGAAGAAGUUAAAGAAGAAGCAGAAGCGUCAGGCGGAGCUGUUGGAGAAGUGCAUUCUGGAUCUGGAGGAGAUGGAGAAGGCUCCGGAGAGGGAGGAGGAGGAGGAGGAGGAUGAUGAAGAGGAUCCGGAGUCUCCCGUAUCUCCCAAGCAGCAGCGGCCAUAUUGUGCUCCUCUCGGACAAGUCUCCUUACAGGAAGUAGCCAGCCAAGACACAGCAGGAUGCAUUGUGGGUGCGGAGUUGACGUGCUUAGGACCAGAAGGGAUAAUAACAGACGCAGAAGUGAACUGUAACGGCCUUCAUCCUGAGGCAGAGGACAAUGAAACGGAGGAGAGGAAGGCACAGUGGAGAGAGCAAGACCAACACAACGGUAACUUAGACCAAUCAGGGGAUUGUCCUCUUCUUCAGGAGUCUCCACCACCUCAACCCGUGUAUAACGGCCUGGUGUCCCCGGAUACCCCAGAGAGUGAGGAGGGGAGUGGAGCACUGACCAGGAAGGAGGCUGAAAUAAAGACUAAAGCAUCCGAGACCGAGACGAAAAGCUUUGGCGGCCUGGAGGAGCAGAAGAAUCAGGAAAGGAGUCAAGUGGAAGUCACAGAGGAGGCGCAGGGCAGGAGUCGUGGAGAGGAGGCCGCCGAGGAGGCGCUGGAGAACGUCCAGUAUGGAGGAGAACAGGAGAGUCUGAAGGAUGGUGAGAAGACGGCCAAAUUAGCAGCGGGGAACCUCCUGGUGAACCCUCUGGAGCCAGUCAACGCAGACAGACUGAAGGUCAAGAUAGCAGACCUGGGCAACGCCUGCUGGCUGCACAAGCACUUUACGGAAGACAUCCAAACGAGACAGUACCGUUCUCUAGAGGUGCUCAUAGGCUCUGGCUACAACACACCAGCUGACAUAUGGAGUACAGCCUGCAUGGCGUUUGAGCUGGCUACUGGGGACUACUUGUUUGAGCCUCAUUCCGGGGAAGAUUACUCCAGGGACGAAGACCAUAUCGCAUUGAUCAUCGAGCUGCUGGGGCAAGUCCCACACAAACUCGUAACAGCUGGGAGAUAUUCCAAGGAUUUCUUCACCAAGAAAGGGGACCUGAAGCACAUCACCAAGCUGAAGCCGUGGGGGCUACUAGAGGUGCUGCAGGAUAAGUACGAGUGGUCCAAAGAGGAGGCUGAUUGUUUUGCUGACUUCCUCCUCCCCAUGCUGGAGCUGGUACCAGAGAAGAGGGCCACGGCUGCAGACUGCCUGCGCCACCCCUGGAUCGCCCCCCAGUGACGGCCCCCCAGUACUGCAAUGCAAAACACCUAGGGCCUGUUCAGUCGGCAAACGUUUUUGAAUGUUGCAGCUAAUUCGAAUGACUGGAGCUGACUUAACUCAUUCUUCUACUUGUCAUUGAGGCAUGUUUGUUCUCCGUUAAGGAGUUCUAUCCGAACGUUCCAUAACGUUUUGCCCUGCUGAAUGCGGCCCGGCCUGGUUUGCCCCUGAUGAAACCUUCCAACCACUGUAAUGUAAAACCCUGGGGCUAUGUUCAGGAGUAUGUAACCUCCAGUAAGCCCAACUCCGGUCCUCCAGUAAGCCCAACUCCGGUCCUCCAGUAAGCCCAACUCCGGUCCUCCAGUGAGCCCAACUCCGGUCCUCCAGUAAGCCCUACAGCAGCCAUUUGUUGUAGACCUGGACAAACACACCUGAUACAGCUCAUUGAGGACCUGAUGAAUAGUUGAAUCAGGUGUGCUUAUCUGAGAAUGUGUACUGUUGUGGAGUUAGGAAAUACUGUGGGAAAUGACUCCAAAUGUGAAAGUAGCGUUUCACAUCCCUGAAUUACAUCCCUAGAUGUAUACUCUCUUGUGGAGGCAUCUGGCUACUGGGGUGCAAAUUAAACCUCUUACAAGAGACUUGUUGCAACAGAUCACUUUCCAAUUGGAUCAUCUGAGAUGGCUAUUUAUUUUGGGUUUGUAUUCUUCCAUUUUGUUCUUAUUGUCAUCAUCAAGGACUCUUUGUCUUUUAAAAAAAAUAUUUGUUUCUCCUUUUUUCUUUCCUUUUGUACUGAUGUUUAAGAAGCCAGUAGACAACACUGACCAUAAACCAAUCAUUUUGAUGGUCCAUAAGUCUGUGCUCUGUACACUUCUCACCCAUGUACACUAUAUAUGCAAAGUAUGUGGACACCCCUUCAAAAUUAGUGGAUUUGGCUAUUUCAGCCACACCUGAUGCUGACAUGUGUAUAAAAUUGAGCAUGCAGCCAUGCAAUCUCCAUAGACAAACAUUGGCAGUAGAUUGAAUGGCCCUACUGAAGAGCUCAGUGACUUUCAACAUGGCACCGUCAUAGGAUGCCAUCUUUCCAAAAAGUCAUUUUGACAAAUUUCUGCCCUGCUAGAGCUGCCACGAUCAGCUGUAAAAUGCUGUUGUUGUGGAAACGUCUUGGAGCAACAACGGCUCAGCCGCAAAGUGGUAGGCCACACAAACUCACAGAACGGGACCACCGAGUACUGAAGCACGUUUAAAAUCAUUUCCUUGGUUGCAACACUCACUACCGAGUUCCAAACUAGCAACGUCAACUCCAUAUUAAUAGUUUUGGAAUGAGAUGUUUGUUGGGUAGGUGUCCACAUACUUUUGGGUAUGUAGUGUAAGAUAACUUGUGAUUCCCACCACCACCUGCUUUGUUCUACCCCAGCACAAGACCUGGAGCAGAACACGAUCAAGGAAGGAACUGUAGUCACUAGUGCCCACCACCAUCUUGCUUUGUUCUACCCCAGCACAAGACCUGGAGCAGAACACGAUCAAGGAACUGUAGUCACUAGUGCCCACCACCAUCUUGCUUUGUUCUACCCCAGCACAAGACCUGGAGCAGAACACGAUCAAGGAAGGAACUGUAGUCACUAGUGCCCACCACCAUCUUGCUUUGUUCUACCCCAGCACAAGACCUGGAGCAGAACACGAUCAAGGAACUGUAGUCACUAGUGCCCACCACCAUCUUGCUUUGUUCUACCCCAGCACAAGACCUGGAGCAGAACACGAUCAAGGAACUGUCGUCACUAGUGCCCACCACCAUCUUGCUUUGUUCUACCCCAGCACAAGACCUGGAGCAGAACACGAUCAAGGAACUGUAGUCACUAGUGCCCUCCACCACUUUUCUUUGUCAUAUAACUUGAUACCACUUGAUUUUUCCUCUGGUAAAGGCUAAGAGUACUAAUGUGUUACAUCUUCACCCAUAAGGCAUUUUGUUUUGUAUUAGAAAGUUGCACAUGGGGCGAACGAACAUGAACAAACGUGUAGGUUGCACUCUCUCUUUUUCUGACUGAACCAUUUCUAGUUCUCCACAGGAAAUUCAUUUAGAGGACUGUCUAGCUGUUCGGAUCAGUAAAAUCCACACCACCUUGUUUGUACAGAAUAUGUUAUUGUUCUACCUUGUCAUUGAUUCAUUCUCAUCGGAUAAGAGACUGGUUUUCUCAUGGUUUGUGGGUUUCAUUAAGUAAUAUAAUGUUCAUAAGAGCCCCCCCCCCCAUCCAAAAUGAGACAUUUUGAAAAAUAAAAUUGUGUGUGUGUAUA